AGUUGUAAGAAGAGUGCCUUUUGGUCAUUCUCGAUGGUGGUUGUUGUUAGUCGAAUUCCAAUUCCAACCUAAAAAACAAAAAUUCCAAGAAAUCAACAUGGUCUCUCUCGGCAAUCGGCGCGCCUCCCGACUCCUGAUGUCGGGAGUACCCGACUUGCUCAACCAUCAGGGCAAUGAAGGAGCAGAGGCGCAGCCGACUCUUCCAGCGACUCUUCUAGCAGAGCAGGACAAACCGGCAUCAAAGAAAAGUGGGACUGAGGAACAUCCAGCAGCACAAAAUACACUUGCAUCAUCACUAAACAGGCGUCGCGGGAGUCAAUCCUUGAUGCGAAGCGCUGCCAGAUCGUUGGGGAACAACCUCCCUAGUUCUUCUGAGCAGACUACCAGUAGUACUACUAGAAGUAACUACACGAAAGACGCUAAUACAACAAGUACAACCUCCUCUACUUUCAUAGACGAGCAACCUCCACAACCAAAUAUAAACAAGAGACGCGGUAGCAAAUUUCCCAUGCGGAGUCCGGCUAGAUCUCUAGCAGCUAACAACCUCAAUAACACAGGAGGAGGUGACCAAGAUUCAGCGGCUUCGCUCGUAGACCCAAAAAAUGGCGAACACGUCGGUCCAGCUCCGAACAUGACCAAGCGACGUGGUAGCAAAAUGGUGUCUCGAGGUGGAGGUGGAAUCACAUCUACAACUGCUUCGUGUAGUUCCCCUAUCGUUUCUGCAUCAGGGAUGGUUCCGUCUAGUGGUCCGGCUAUCGUUUCUGCAUCAGGGAUAUCUACUGCUUCGUGUCCCCCUAUCGUUUCUGCAUCAGGGAUAUCUACUGCUUCGUGUCCCCCUAUCGUUUCUGCAUCAGGUCCGUCUAGUCCGGCUUUGGAACAGUACAAAACUCGCCACCUUUUAA